AAGACGAGGCGAGAGAGAGAACAGAGAAGCCGCCCGGCCACGCAAAAAAGUGUCCUUUUUCUGACCUCGUCCAUUCAAGUAGUGCGAACGCUCGCCAGCGGCCACGCCCCCUGCCAUGCCGCGCGCCUGCCUGCUCCUUGUCACAUCCGCGCCUCGCUCCUCCAGCCCACUCUCCAGCGCCACCCGUCGCCACAUUAGACUGCAACUGAGAUUGUCGUCCAAAUAGCCGCCGGCCGCUGGGUGUGCGUGCCGAUAUCGAUGGGGAGCGGGAGCGGAGCAGUCGUGUGGAGGGAGAUAGCGUCGUCGCCUCCGCCGGGAUUCGGCCGGCCGACGGGGAGUGCGGGCGGAACAGCCUCGGGGAGCGAGAGGCCGUCACCGGCCCCGGGAUUCGGCGCCGCGCGGCCGUCAUCUGCGCAGUCCGGAGGUUCCAAGUCUGCUGCUCGUACCGAUAUGUUGGUCGACGUAGGAAUGGAAGCUGGCUCUGAUAAUCUUGAGGUUCCACCACAUGUUGGGAAUGAAAGUGCAUCCCCCACGAAAGGCACAAAGAGGAAAUUUGUUGUUGAUGCAACCGAAGGUGCAUCACCAGGUGUUAAUACAAGUAACACUGGGCAGCACCAGCAUUCCCGCAGAAAAGGUAAGGGUCCUGGGAAACAUGCAAAGCUGGAAGACAACAAAGGUGCUACUAAGUUGGGGAGAGAUCAGACACCAAUCGGCGUAUUUGAAGAUGAAUGUGUUUUCUGCCAUUCAUUUAGAACCAGUGAGCCGUUCCAUGGUCCGAUGGUACUGUAUCGCAAUAGAAGGAUUGUGCCCAGUGACGAGGGCAACCCUACCAACGCCAUCUAUAUCCACGAGAAAUGCAUGGUUUGGGCCCCAAAAGUGGAAUCCAAUGGUGAUACUUUUAAGAAUGUGGAGAGUGAAAUCAAUCGUUCUAAAAGAUUGAGAUGCAGAAGAUGCAAACUCCGGGGAGCAGCGCUUGGUUGUUAUGACAACUCCUGCAGAAAAAGUUAUCAUGUCCCAUGUGCAAUGAUGAUACCAGAAUGCCGCUGGGAUCCUGAGAAUCACCGUGUUUGGUGCCCCAAGCAUGCGCCACCUGAUGAGCUGAGCUCACCAACAAUGGAGAGUGACACUCUUUCCCCCGUCCUUCAAAAUCAUUCCAGCCAAUGUCCAGCUAAAGAAAUUUCGGUCGAUUACCAAAUGGAAGAUGAACACAUUAAUCCAUUACCGUGCGAUGAGAUGAGCUCACCAGUAAUUGAAAGCGACAUUAAUUCCGCUGUCCUUCAGAAUCAUUCCAGCCAAUGUCCAACUAAAGAAAUUUCGGUCGAUUGCCAAAUGGAAGAGGAACACAUUAAUCCAUUACCGGGCGAUGAGAUGAGUUCACCAAUAAUUGAAACUGACAUUACUUCCCCUGUCCUUCAGAAUCAUUCCAGCCAAUGUCCAGCUAAAGAAAUUUCGGUCGAUUGCCAAAUGGAAGAUGAACACAUUAAUCCAUUACCGGGCGAUGAGAUGAGCUCACCAAUAAUUGAAACUGACAUUACUUCCUCUGUCCUUCAGAAUCAUUCCAGCCAAUGUCCAGCUAAAGAAAUUUCGGUUGAUUGCCAAAUGGAAGAUGAACACAUUAAUCCAUUACCGGGCGAUGAGAUGAGCUCACCAAUAAUUGAAACUGACAUUACUUCCGCUGUCCUUCAGAAUCAUUCCAGCCAAUGUCCAGCUAAAGAAAUUUCUGGCGAUUGCCAAAUGGAAAAUGAACACAUUAGUCCACUCGCCACAUCAAGUUCUUCUUUGCCUGGACAAGUGCCUGGCCAAUAUUUAGUUAAAGGAGGAACAUCUGUCCUUGAUAGAAGGGAAGAUCUGCAAGUAGAUCAGCUGAACACCUCGAGUUCUUCCUUGCCUCAGGGCCAAUGUUCGGACAGAGGAAGAAUUUCUGCUAAUCACCGGAGAGAAGAAAAGCUAGUAAAUCAGUCUAGCACCCCUGUGGAUCAAUGGGUUUUGCUCGGUAUAUCUUUAAGUGCAUCAGAAAAGGAUUCCUUGAAGGAAUUUGCAUCCUUAACCAGUUCAACCUUGGCUGAGGAAUGGGACAAAACUGUGACCCAUGUAAUUGUGGGCAGAAACGCCGGUGAUGCAUGUGGCAGAUCAUAUGAGGUCCUGAUGGCGAUACUCUCUGGGAAAUGGGUUGUCACAGCCGGAUGGAUUGUGGAUUGCAUGGUGGAACCGAUUCCAGAUCUAAAAACUUGCUUGGAAAAGCCGAUCCCAGGCCCGGAAAUUUCUUACGAGAUGAAUUUCUGUGAUGGCUCGUGCACAUCAGGUUAUGGACCAACAAAAGGAAGAGCUAGAGCUGCUGAACGGGCACCAAAACUGUUCUCUGGACUGCAUUUCUGCCUCAGCGCCUACAUAGACCCUGAAGACAGAGAAACCAUCAGAAGACUCGUAGCAGCUGGUGGAGGGCAAGUACUGGAGGGAAUCAGCCCAGACCGGUUGCACGAGAAUCUGAAUAAAAAUCCAGCGGAAGUGUACUUCAUCUACGACAGCGGCCCUCCAAGGAAGAUCACUUCGGAUUUCGAUCUUAUCCUUGGCAAGGAGAUUCAGGAGAGCAUCGAGUACGCGAAAUCGGGAGUGCAGGUGAUCAGCCACACGAGGCUGCUCGAUGCUAUCCUGUGCUAUGAUGCGCGGAUCCUGGAAAGGAGGCUUCAGCAAGACGUGUAAGUGAAGGGCGCGCUUCAGGCAGUGGCUUUUCGCUCGUGUUACGAGAGUUUUCUGGGUUCAGCCCCCCACAUGAGUAGCAGGGGGGCUGUCGAAAGUUGACGAAUCACACACUCUACUCACCCUUUAGGCUAUAGGGUGGUGUGUUUGUUGUUGUUUUGGUGCUGGAUUGCUUGUUUAGCAGAUCUUUAGUACUUGUGCCGGACGGUUGUUUCUCGGUGCUGAAGGCGCCUGCUGUGAAAUGGUUGUACUUUUUUGGCGGUGACUGAAACCUCUGUUGGGCAGCAUCAUCUGUUUGGAAUUGGAUUGCCAAAUCUGAAGAAAUCCUGAACUGUUACAUCGCCCUGCGGGUUGCGGCGUGUUCUA